AUCACGAUGUUGGACCUCGACGGCAAUCCCGCGACCAUUUACGAUCAGGCUCAGAAGGUCUGGAGUGGCUCCCGCCAGCAGAGUCUGUACAACGAGGAACUGACCGUGGGCCAGAUCAUCUUCCGGCAGCUUCAGCGGCAGCCCCAAAGGAUAUUCCAGAUCUCGCACACGGAUAACACGCGGCUGACCCGCUCGCAGAUGCUGCAGAAUGCCGCCAAGGUGGGCUGCUAUCUGCGCGACCGGGGGUUCAAAAAGGAGACCGACCUGGUGGGCCUCUUGGCACGCAACUCCACCCAUGUGGGCGCCUUGGCCUACGGAUGCCUCUUCAACGGCACUCCCUUCCACGCCGUCAACCCCAAUCUAGAGCAGAAGACCAUCGCCAGUCUGUACGGGAUCACCAAGCCCCGCAUCCUGUGCUGCGAUGUGGCUGACUACGAAAAGAUCAAGGACAUAGGCGCCUCGUUGGGAGCCCGAAUCGUGACUGUCAAUGGAAAGCUCGAAAAUGUGCUGAGCGUGGCAGAUCUGCUGCAGAAACCCCUCUCCGAAGACUACGAGCCCGCGCAGUUCAAACGAGGCGUCGAUCGCACCAUGGCCAUCCUCUGCUCCUCGGGCACCACCGGAACGCCCAAGGCGGUGACUCUCUCCAACAGCCGCAAGCUCUUCGAGAUUUACAGCUAUCUAGGCUCCGAUGACGUUCAGUAUGCCCCCAGCACCUUGGACUGGCUGACAGGACUGAUAACCCUGGUCACAGCUGGAGUCUUUGGCACAGUACGGCUGAUCUCCAGUGAAAUGUUCAGUACCACCCACUUCCUGGAUAUUUGCGAGCAGCACGAGAUCUCCUGGACCAUCAUGGCCAACUCCCAUGUGGCCAUGCUGGCCAAUUGCCCGAGUACACGAGCCCAAAGACUGAGAAGCCUUAGGCACAUGCUCUUCGCUGGUGGCCAUUGCCUGGUGGCCACGUUGAAGAAGAUGCAGUCCUUCCUGCACGGAUCGGGGAUCCUAAGGAAUGCCUAUGGCCUAACCGAGGUGGGCACUCUCAUAUCCUACAACAACGACACCCAAUCGAAGCCCACCUCUGUGGGUCGCCUAGUGGCGAACAUUCGGGUGAAGAUUGUGGACUCCUCGGGCCAGUUGCAGGGUCCAAACCGGAUGGGUGAGGUCCUCUGCCAUAAUGAGCAACCCUGGAGCGGGUAUGUGGGCAAUCCCGUGGCCACGGCGGAGAUGAGAGAUUCUGCAGGAUGGUUUCACACCGGGGACAUAGGUUACUUCGACGAGGAUCACUAUCUGCACAUUGUGGAGCGCAAGAAAGACAUGCUAAAGUACAUGGGCAUGAUGUACUAUCCGCAUGAUGUCGAAGAGGUCAUCGCCCAAAUGCCCGACGUUGCGGAGGUCUGUGUUUUUGGCCUCUGGCGGGAGACGGAGGGCGAUGCCGCGGCUGCAUCCGUGGUCCUCCGAUCCGGCAGCAAACUGGAUGCCAAGCAAGUCGAGCUUUUCGUGCGGAAGAACGUCUCCGUGACAUUUAAACAUCUCCACGGCGGAGUGCGAAUCGUUCCGCAGUUGGCGAAGAGCGCCAACGGUAAGGUCAAUCGACAGGCGGUGAAGGCAUCCUAUUUGAAAGAUGCGACCCAGUCUUAAAUUCCACUGGUAGGCACUCAAUAAACCAUUGCCAAGCAUAAAUUUAGGCCAUGACGAUGCAAAGCAAGACUUGGCACACUAAAAUGUUCAGUUACACCGAUAUUUGUAUAAGAAAAAUAAACAUAACAUAACACUUUACUAUAUAUGGUAGAGAAUUGUGCUCGGAUA